AUGGAGUUUAUACCGAAGGACCGGAUUUUUGAAAGCAAGCCUGAUACUUUGCAAUAUAUUCGUAAACAGCAUAAUUUGGAAAAACCAGGACAAAUGAAGGAGUCAAUUAAAAUUCUCCGUGAUUGGGUCUCAAAGCAGAGUCAUUUUAAAAAGAAGGAUUUCAUCGAUCAUUACUACGAAUUUAUGAUAAUAAGUUGCAAGGGAUCCAUAGAACGUGCAAAAUCAUGUAUCGACAAAAUGUGUACGAUGAGAACAUUACUACCGCAGUAUUUUGGAUAUUGCAAUGUAAAAAAGGAGUUCCGCUACAUAUUCGACAUUGUGUAUACGGUAAUAAUGCCAAAAUUAACAGACGAUCAUCAUAGAGUUGAAAUACUCAAAUUCCAUGAUGCCGAUUUCAAAGCAUCUCAAUACAUGGAUUACUUUAAAACGACUGUUCCUUUGUGUGAAUAUAUUUGUGCCCACGAUUACAUGGAUGGCAUUAUAAUGAUCUUAGACUUUUCAGAAGCAAACAUAAUGAAUUAUAUAUCCAAAGUUAAUCCGAUCGAAUUAAAACAAGCUAUGUGUCUUUAUAUUGACGGCUAUGGAUUAAGAAUAAAAGCGAUUCGCUUAGUAACAACGUCAAAGUUCAUUGAUAUAAUUAUAUCAAUUGCAAAACAAGUCCUUAAUCCUAAGGUGGCGGAAAGAUUUCAUAUUCAUAAAAGCAUCGAGGAACUCUACGAUCACAUUCCAAAACGCUUAUUGCCUAAAGACUAUGGCGGUGAUGAGCCAUCUUUGAAGGAAUUACAAAUGAAUUGGCUCGAUGCUUUAUCUUCGGAAGAACACUUGGAAUACAUGAGGGAGAUAAAUGAAGCGUGUACUGAUGAAGAUUACAGACGGAGAGAUAACUUCAACGAGCAUUGCGCGGGAAUGCCCGGCACCUUCAGAUUAUUGAGUGUUGAUUAA